CUGCCCUGCGCCGCAGACGGAGCCGGGGGAGGCGGAGCCGCAGCCGCUGUAUCGGGACUGAAGUGGAAAUUUCCCGCAGCGCCAGCCCCAAUCGCAGGUUUCGCCCCUCAGAGUCACAAGUCGUCGCAGGACCUCAUCGCUGCCCGCUAUGGCCAACUACAUUCACGUCCCGCCAGGCUCGCCCGAGGUGCCCAAGCUGGACAUCGCCCUGAGCGACGUGGAUGGGCCCGGCUGCCGCGACGGAGCCCUGCAGCUGCUGCGUCGUCUGCGGCCCCACUGGAGCCCCGAGGAGGUGACGCUGCAGCUGUUCACAGAUGGAAUCACCAACAAGCUUAUUGGUUGCUAUGUGAGUGAUGCAAUGGAUGAUGUGGUUUUAGUUAGAAUCUAUGGAAACAAGACCGAGCUGUUAGUAGAUCGAGAUGAGGAAGUGAAAAGUUUCCGGGUGUUGCAGGCCCAUGGCUGUGCGCCACAACUCUACUGUACUUUCAGUAAUGGUCUAUGCUACAAGUUCAUGCAGGGAGAAGCACUGGAUCCAGAGCACGUCUGCAACCCAGAUAUAUUCAGACUCAUAGCCAGGCAGCUUGCUAAAAUCCAUGCUAUUCAUGCACACAAUGGAUGGAUCCCCAAAUCUAACUUGUGGCUGAAGAUGGGGAAAUAUUUCUCACUCAUACCUACAGAAUUUACAGAUGAGGAAGUAAAUAAACGGUUCUUAAGUGAUGUUCCAAGUCCUCAGAUCCUUCAAGAGGAGAUGGCCUGGAUGAAGGAGAGACUGUCAAAUCUAGGAUCCCCAGUGGUGCUUUGCCACAAUGACCUGUUGUGUAAGAAUAUUAUCUACAACGAGAAACAAGGUGAUGUACAGUUCAUUGACUAUGAGUACUCUGGAUACAACUACCUGGCUUAUGAUAUUGGAAAUCAUUUCAAUGAGUUUGCAGGAGUGAGUGAGGUAAACUACAGCCUUUAUCCAGAUAGAGAAUUACAAGAGCAGUGGCUGAGAUCUUACCUUGAGGCAUACAAGGAAUAUAAAGGUUUCGGUACAGAUGUUACUGAAAAAGAGGUAGAAGUCCUAUAUGUGCAAGUCAAUCAAUUUGCACUGGCCUCUCAUUUCUUUUGGGGAUUGUGGGCUCUGAUUCAAGCCAAAUAUUCCACCAUUGAUUUUGAUUUUCUAGGGUACGCAAUUGUUCGUUUUAACCAGUAUUUCAAAAUGAAGCCAGAGGUCACAGCAUUAAAGCUUCCCGAGUAAUGAAGAACUUCAGUUAUCCUCAAGUGGAUAAGCGAUCCUUAGAAUCCUUUCUGAGAACAGAUACCGAAAAAGCUAAACAUUUUGUUUAAGUUCUGUAAUGUUCACUUGGUUGUUUUGCUUUACAAAUGAUGCCUCUAAACAAGUCUUAAUGUUAAAUCUAAUAAGAGCAUACCUACUGUUGAUAUAGAAUGGAUUAGAAAUUUGCUAAAUCUAUAAGACUGUAGAGAUGGCAAUUUAAUCCUUACCUAAGUAAUUUAACAUAUGUUGUAUGUGAUUUAUUUAUUAUGAGUUUAACAUGAUUCCAUUGUUGCUUUCAUCAAUUUCUAUAAAGGUUGAGUUCAGGCAGUGAAACUGUUCUAAAGGAUUUGUUUUUUCACAACUUAUUUUAUUAAAAUGACGUUAACUUAUAUAAAGACUGUACAUGGUCAGUAGAGAAUCUUAAUCUUUAACUGUAUGCAAAAAAAGUAAAUGAGCAGUGGUAAUUUACUGUUGAAAUGCCAAUCACUGGUACCAAGUAAUUGAGGGAAGGAAGCUGAGGAUAAAAGCAGUUUUCCACAUCACAGUACUUUACAUUUUAUAGCAAGGCCUAUAUACUUAUUAGGGUUAAAUAUCAGCAAUUUGACUUUCCUUCUGCUACUGUUACGUAGUAGAAAUCUGAAGGCUUUAUCGCCACCUGAUUAUUUAGGAACGUGCAUAGUAUCUGACAGGAAAUGUACCAACCUUAACUUGUAUGGGGGAGUUUCUUGUUUGUUACAUUUUUCCAUUUAUUUUAAAGACCACUAUUCUAAAAUCUCAAGAAAUUCCUUAUGGAAGGGAAUAAAUCUUCAAUUUUUUUAACUCUUCUGUGUUUUGAACUAUAUAUAUUACUGCAGCAGGAUAGACUCUUGAGUUUAAAACAGUGAACAUGAAAUCCUGUUGCUCUUGGGAGCAAAACAGUACCACUUCAGUUAAAGGAUACAUUAAUUUUAAACCUUUUUCCUUCCUUCCUCAUCUUUCCAGCUUGGAUUCUUGUCUUUAAAUACUUAGGUCCAGUAGUUAUAGAUUCUGUUACAUUUUCUGGCUUUCUUGCUGUACUAAUGACAAAAAUAUUAGUCUUCAAAGUUCAAAGGAUGUUCUUGAAAUGUAUGAGGUUUGAACAGUGGGGCUUUGAUCAUCCUCAAUGUUUUUUAAAAAGCUAUUAUACCAAGAGUGGUUUGAAGUACAAAAUGUGAAUGGAAAAGAAAAUGUUUACUUUGUGACUGUAUGUUGAGAGAGAGGAUGAUGCUUUAAAUUUUGGAAAUUGCUGUGUCGUUGAGCAGUCAAUCAAUUCUGAUUGUUACUCUGAAAAAACUUGCACUUUGGUCACUGAAGUGCCCACACGUACAAAGUCUGCGUGUAUGCACGUACAGGAUGUGCAAACACACACUCACCUUAGGAGUAGAUUUUAUGGGGAGCCAAUUGCAGACUUGGCAAGAAUAUUUAUUCAAAAUUGCUUUAUAGCAUAUUGUAAAAUGCAAGUGGACUUUACAAAAGCAUAGCUUGUUUCAGAAUGCUUAAAGCAAUGACAUGGUUGAAAAACUUUCACCAUAUACACCAUUUUAAAUAGUGUUCUGUUAUUUUACAAAAGCAAGUUUUAUUCCUUAAAACUAGUUGGCAUUCAUCACCUGGUGGUUCCAACUGUGGAUUUCUUACAAUCAAUCACAUUCUUAAAAUUUUAAUAUAAAUGGAUAAACUUUUCAUAAAAAAGGCUUGAAAGUGAGUCAGUCUUAUUUAGUACUUACUAAACUAGUUUGUUAAAUUGGACAGAUUCUUUUCAUAGUCUAAAUAAAACUGACUAACUGAAAUGGCAUUUCCUUCUGUAGCAUUAUCAAGGAUGUUGCUAGAGCUCAUGAAAGAGACAGACAGGGAACAGCUUUUUAAUCUUUGUACCUAAAAAGCUUUCUCUUUGCUAAGAGUAUUAUUAUUCUGCCACACUUACCCACAUUUAGUAGUAUCUUGGUCCAUAAGUUGUCCCUUUAAUUUCAGCAAGACAUCUCUUGGAGUAAGGUGCUAUAUAGUGUCAAUACCAGUGUUGGAUCCUGAAAAAAAUUAUUUCAAAAUAAAAACAACAAAAACCCCUUUCCUGAUAAAGUGACAACUUAAUUUCUGGUGGUGUUAACACAUACAUAUUUGAGAGUGAGCUUUCAAAAUUGUAUUUUUAACCUGGUAAAUUGGAACACUUACCACAUCCCCCUUUCUAACUAUCCCAAAGGGAACUGUUUUAAAAUAUAUACAGCAGUGUCUGUUUAUUCUGAAGUACAGUCCAGCUCUUAUUAGCCCUAAUUCUUUUCAAACUCUUUGGCUACUCAAGGGUGGUGUCCCAUACUCUCUGAUGAGAGAACCACAAGGUCCAAGGAAGCCCUGGUAGUUUGACCCAGAGAAAACAGCUGAAUGAGAGCUUCUUGAGUAAAGUACUGGCUGAAAGAGGCUUGUUCAUUCUGUGAGCAAAGAAACAGCUGUUUUUCGAUUCCUAUUGUGGGAAGCAGGACUUUACAAACAGGAUGGCAUCAAAGAAAUACCAGAUUACAUCAUCAAUCUCUCCUAUUGGAAACUGCCUGCUUGAACUUGAAAAUUGGCUAACCAUUCAGGUAAAAAGAGCGUGACACUGCAGAUCAUUCCUUCUGCAAGAGGGAGAGGGCAGACCUAGGGUGUCUCCUGUGCAGUUUACAAAUUCCAUUGCCUCCCUGCCCUAGUAGCUCUUCCUGUGCUGGUACUAUUUCAGUUUGGAAUUGUACUGUAAUUUUUUUAAGGAGAUGUUUGUUUAUAUAGUGCAGCUAACAAUCUCUGCAGAGGAAAAGAAAGUAAGCUUUUUGUGACUGGAUCUCAGCCUCAGUCAUGUUGAGCUGCUAAAUUCCACUGAACUCCUUUCACAGACCUCAAAAACACUUUGAGGCAAAGAUAUUAUAAAUACAGUAAUCUUUGAGCCAUUUUUAAGAAGCACGAGACUGAUCACAAAGUUAUAAUAGGAGACUUUGCAGUAUAGUAGAGACUUGCAUUUUCAUAUUGCACAUUUAAAAUCCAUUUUAGAAAAUAUGGCUGUGCAAUGGCUUCCAUUUAAGACUAGCAUAUGCGACAAACUUCAAAUUCCUAGAUCAGGUUGUUCAUGAGAGAUGUUAUUAGGAAGUAGUUACUUUUUCCAAAAUGAAAUGCCAGUCACCUGGAGUCUCACACCUCAACAGUUUUAUCCAUAACUACUCAGAAUUUCCUCUCCUUUAGAGGGUAUCCUGCAAACAUGUUCAAGUGGGAACUUGGGAUGGCAGGGUGCAAACUUGAGUUUGUCACUGCAGAUACCCUAACACCUAAACAUGGGUGAACUAUUGAAGCCUCAAAAUAGGAAACUCCCAUUUUGUUAAUUCAUUUCCUCAUUCUUAGUAAUUUGAGUCUAUUUAAAAAGAAGGAAAAUGUCUCCGAGCUCUAGAAACAUCCAUCGUGGCUUUGUGUUGCCAAGAAGAUACUCUGUUGCCUUUCUGUUAAGCUAAAGGCUAGAAUGCCAAAAUUAAUAACUUUUACUGUAUAGUUAAACCUAUAUUGUAAAUAUAAAGAAGGUUGUUAGCAAUGGCAUUCAUGCAUGUGCAGCAUCGGUCAAUAGCCCAUAGUGGCCUGGUUGCUUUUGUAAAGCAGAAUUGUGUGAAAUUUUUUUCUUCUGACACAUUUCUACAAUCAGACCGGGUUAAUCCAUGUCUGAUUUAAUAAGACACUUAAGCAUCAGAGCUUUUUAAAUAAUAACCAAUGUCAUGUAAUUUUAAACUCAUUCAUCUAGUGUUCUGCAUUUGAAAAAGAAAUUGUCAAACUGACUCACAUUAAGCGGGUCUGACUGGAUAUGUAUAUACAACAGUGUAAAUAAUCAUUUGUAAAUUAAUGUGAAUUGUACCGUAUCUUGCAUUUAUGGACUUGUGUAUUGCAUUGUACUCUCUCCUAUUUUGUAGAAAUUUUGAUGUAAAGAGAAAGAUCCAACUUUGUGUGUGCUGACUUUUUUGUUAAAUUGACCAUAUUCAAGGCAUCUGUGUUGUGUGAUAAUCACAUUCAUUACUUUUAAUGGCGCAUAUUUAUGUUUCAUGUUAAUAAGGUAUCCAUUAUAGUCUACUGCCGCCAUUGUCUUUCCAUGUUUUUUUAUGUUCCCUUGCUUUUGGGGAUAAAUGAAUAGUAAUACGCUUAGUUGUGGGGAAAAGCUAUUCUAGUAACAAGGCAAAUGAAAAAUGCUAAUUAGUGGUAAAUGUAUUGUCUUUCAACAUAGGGAAACUGUGUUAAAUCGGAUACUCACAUCUUAAACAUUGUCAUACAUCACGUGUCAUUGGCAGCCAAUAGUAUCUGCUGAACACACAUGGAAGUUUUAAGUACACUUCUUUAAAACGUAUUGUUGUUCCUGUGGUGAGAGAAGUUUAAGGGAACAUGUAGACAAAUUCCUAAAUUAGAAGUUUCCAGUGUACAUAAGCUGUGUAAUGAUAGGAGGAUUAAUUAGUGUUGUGCAACUGUGUAUGUAUAAUAAAAGGCCAAAUCAUUAAUAUACUUGUAUCAGUUUCCAGAAUGCUACAGUAGCUAAGGUACCAAUUAACUAGUAGCCCAUUCAUAUUUAUGGAAAUGUGUCCGCUGGGUACAUUCUUCCACCAAAUCCUUUCCAAGCCUAGAUGGAUAAAAUACAGGACUAGUACACAACUUUCUCUCUCAAUGUACAAGCAGCCUUUCCUGGACUUGUAGUUAAAUUAAACAGUUUAUUGAUGUCUUGCAUGCGAGUUGAACAAAAGCAAUAGUUUGAAGCAGACUUGGUACCACUUUUAAUAAAAUAAUCAGCUGUUGAUGCCAGUAUUUCAACUUUGAAGGGAAGUUAUGGCAACCUACAGGUAUCUUGGUUCCCUUUGAGUGCUUACUGUAAUCUAUUAACUGAAUUCCCUUGGACAGUAAUUCCUUUUUUCUUGAUGCAGUAUCCUUUCACUGUUUGCAAGCCAGAACUAGUCCCAUCAAACUUAGCCUUAUUCAAAUAAUUAAUGGCCAUUGUAUGCACCAUACAAAGAAAUAAAGACUUUAGUAUCAUAAUCAGUUUCUGGUUUAGGCAGUCCCCUGGAGAUUAGAGAAUUAACCUCAGAAGUGAAGUGUAAAGUUCUGUACACCAGCUUCUCCAAACAUCUUGUUAUAUACAAACUGCAAUCUGUCUUAUUUUUAAACUAAGUUCUUUAGCUAGCUACAGUGAAAACAGAAGAGCUUUGAGCCUCUUGCCACUGCUAUGUGUAAUAGAUUUGCUGGAAAACAUUGGUACAUAAAAUAUGGAAGGUAGGAGUAUUCAAAUAUUUUGGUUGUCAAGUUCACAAACACAUCUUGGUGCAAGUCUUCUAUCCUGUUUAUCAAAUAGAAAUAUACCAGACAGAAGACACACACACUUAAAAGGUAUAUAUGUUAAUAUUGUAUAGGAUCUUCAAUGUUGCUCUUUGAUGGUAAUUAGAUCCCAAAGACCUAAGUGUCAAAAGGUCAAUGUUGGAGGGGAAGGGAAUAAAUAUAGGAAAGAGGAAAUAAUCCAAUUGAAGCACGUGUUUAGACUUCUGUUUUUUGACCUUCUUAUACUUAGGCAGUUUAUUGAUUGGAUCAGCUUAUAAAGGAAAGGGAGUUCAUUUCAGCAUGAUGAAGUCUGGAUUUCUUUAAGAAGGUAGUUGGUGGUUAAGAGACGUUAAAGUAUACCCUUAUUUCCUUCCCACCAAAACAACUUAAAAAAAAAAAUAGACAUAGUCACGAAAUAAAACAGCAAUUUCCUGGUAAAACCUUCAUUUUUUGUACCAGUUGGAAUGUAAUUCCUUUUGUUGGGGAAGCUUGUUUUGAAGGCUGUCAGGAAGGUUGGCUGCAUCCUACCUGGCUGUGAAUUUGAGUUGGGUUCUUCAGUGGGUUUUAAUGUUUUGUAUUUUGAUUAAUGGGUUCUUAGAUGCUUUUUUGUUAAAGGCUCUUAAAAAUGUACCAAUUUAGUACUUGCAAAGUUAGCACCUAGUCCUAUGCCAUUCCUCAUACCAUGCAGGAUGUAAUUACAGUUGCUGAACAGUAAGAGUUGAAUCAUAUUUCCAGAGAUUCUAGUGCUGGUGGUGUGCAUUAUCAAAGUGAAUUUUUUUUAUACAUUUGCUACUGUGGAUUUGCUAGUUAUGAAGGAUUUGACAAAAGGCUGACCGUGUUCUUGUGCCAUAUAGGUGUUCCUUUUGCUAACUGCACAGCUAGAAUGAGGGAGGCUCUUCAAGGUGGUAGAACCGCACAAGUCCAGAGGGUACAUGACUGACUUUGUAGCCUAUAGACCUCUGGAAUGGAAAAGAAAAUGUGUAAAUUGCUUUCAAGUGCCAGUGGUGUGGUGCUGCUCUAGUGGUGUGAUGAGACUGGAAAUUCCAUUGUCUGACUUCAAGUGGCUUUACCAAAUGAGCUGUUUGUGUAGUUUUUCAGUUUCCUAGUUAGAGUAACAGAGGGAAUCUUCUAAAACUGUAUUGUAUUGUAUUUUUGUCUGUGCACAGUUGGCUAGUUUGCAUAAUAUGAAGUAUUUGGUUCUUUAAAAUGCUGAAUAGUCUAGAAGAUACUCUUACUUCAGAUGCUUUAAUAAUAGCUUCUUUCACUAUUAAGAGAAAAGUUGAUUGAAAAGAGUCCUGUAGUGUCAGAGGAAUGGUAUGAGCACAGGACUGAGAGCCGUGAAUACCACCUAAUUCAGGAAUUGAUACUGGUUCCCUUUGUGACCUUUGAAAGCUGUUUAGCUUUUCUGCCUUAGUGUCCUCAUCUUGUAAAAAUGGAGAAGAAUUUACAUCUCCCAUGGAUGGUGUAAGCAUUAACUUAAUGUUUGCAAAAUGAUAGGAGUUGUGGUUUCAUGUAAUGCCCCGACCAUUUUUGUUUAAAAAUCACUUAUCUUUAUAUGUAUAUACAUAUUUUUUUCACACAACUGGGGAGAAACGCACACAAAAUAAAAUGUGAAACUGACUUACAGGGGGUGAAAGUGUAAAUUACCAAACGCAAUAUUAUCAAAUGCACAAAAUAAACUGGAAAACAAAAAUUAUAAUUUUAGUUGUUUACUUCUGAUAGCUGUGAAAUCUUCAGUCAGAAGUGUGUGUUUUGUUGUUGUUGUUGCAAUGACCCUUCUUUCAUUUGUGUAUCUCAGAUACAGUCUGUGGUAGUGUAACGCAGUGUUGUACAUAAGAGCUUUGAUUAGUCUCAGCACUGUGAGAAUGUAUCAGUAUCUUAAACAAAUAUAACUUGAAGUAGAUUUGUUGGUUCACAAAUUUGUAUUAGCCAGCUAUCCAAAGCCCUGUAACACUUGCAAAGAUAGGACUAUGGGAUAAUAGGAAUACUUUCCAAUGUCAUUUCAUUGUGCCACAACAUUUUUUCAUUGUUUUCUCAUUUUUAGGUUUCUGUUAAGUCAUAAGUCCUGCGAAUAAAAUGCUCCCAAUCUUUAAAAAAAAAAACAAAAAAAAACCAAUUUUUUGUCAUGGAGUUAACAUAUGUUCUGUUCAUUCAUCAGUUUUCACUGGAGUGAACUGUUUCUUUUGAAUGAAACAUUGUUGGAGCUGUUUAUAAUAAAGGCCUUCUACCAUUGAUUAAUUGAAGGAAUGUAUCUUUCAAAGAUUUAUAUUGUGUAAAUAAUUUAAAACUGGUUGUAACAAUAAAGCUGGUUUCUAACUGCA